AUGUCUCCUCAAAUCAUCACAAUCAACUACACUCCCGAAAACCGGCUCUCGCUCCAGGACGCGACCACCAAACAACCGCUCGGGAGCUUUCGGCUACUGCGUGAAGGGGACCGCCAAGUGCUGGUCAAGUUCUGCAAUGAGGCCUUCUCAAACGAGCGGGUGGGAUCAAGCAUGGGUGAGAAGGUGCAGGGCAUUGUCAGGCGACCGUCAACAACGGGUUCGUGGAAUGAACUCGGCGAUGUUGAAGAUGAAGCGAGGCACAAAGUGGUACAUUGGUACGACCAGGUCUCAUGA